CUCUGGCACUUGGCCGUCCCCGCUACGACGAUCGCCGCCCGAGCCUUCCCCAUCGCCAUCGGAUUCCUUUUCCUCUUCCACGAUCGGCUCGCCGCCACCCUCGGUUGGCGUGGCGGCAGCCGAGAGCUCUGGUCGCCUCAUCUCGCUUUGCCUCCUCUUUUCUUCUCUCGAGCAUCCGGGUCUCUGAUGCCGUUCGCUGGAAUUAUUUGCGAAGCUCCCUCCGUUGGAGCGACUACGCAUGAAGACAUCAGCGUCGGCAUCGAAGAAGAAUUGCCCGAGGAGCCUGACGUGUAGUGGGUGGCCGUUGGACCGGUGGAUCCUUCUCCUUCUCCCUACCUCAGCGGUAGCGCGUGAUGGCGGAGGCAAAGGAUCGAGUUCUGAUCACUGGUGCGACUGGGUACCUGGGGAGGAGGCUCGUCAAGGCCAGCCUGGCUCUCGGCCACCCCACCUUCCUCCUCUUCCGCCCCGACACCGCCUCAGAUCUCGCCAGGUGCCAGAUGCUCAUGGAGCUCAAGAUGGAGGGCGCGCAGCUUCUUCAGGGAUCGCUGGACGAUCGCGACAGCCUGAUCUCGGCGCUGAAGCAAGUGGACGUGGUGGUGUCGACGAUCGCGGGCGAUCAGAUUCUGCAACAGCUCAAACUCGUGGAAGCCAUCAAAGAAGCCGGCACCAUCAAGAGGUACCUCCCUUCCGAGUUUGGUAUGGAUGUUGACCGUAUGCAUCAUGCUAUGCCCCCUGGCGAUAAGGUCUUCAGCGAGAAGCGUAUCGUUCGACGAGCUAUCGAAGAGGCCAGCAUCCCCCACACUUACAUCUCCGCCAAUUGCUUCGCCGGCAUCUUCCUAGCUGGGCUGGCGCAACUGGCAAUCUUCAUGCCGCCAAGAGACCAUGUCAACGUUUAUGGCGGCGGGGAUAAAAGAUGCAUAUGGGUGGCGGAGGAGGACGUUGCAAUGUAUGCCAUGCUAUCGGUCGAUGAUCCGAGGACCCUGAACAAGGUUCUCUACCUCCGCCCCCCGGAUAACAUCCUGAGCCAGAUGGAGGUCAUCGAGAUAUGGGAGAGGGUCAUCGGCCGAAAACUCAGCAAGACGUUUAUAUCAGAGGAUGAAUGGCUCUCCCAAAUGGACAAAAUGCCACCAUUUGAGCAAUCGGCGAUGGCACAUUUCUGUCAUAUCUUCUACCGUGGUGAGUUGGACUUCGAGGUGGAAGGGCCGCGUGGUGUGGAUGGUAGCGAGCUCUACCCUCACUACAAGUAUGUCACGGCCCAAGAAUACCUGAAGCGUUUCGUUUAGAACUGGCUCUGCCUCUGCCUCUGCCUCUGUGCACAACAAUAAGCUGGUUCGAACUGCCUAUGUAUCAUCAAGUUAAUCACUAGGGUUCUGCUAUGGAGAUCAUCUGUGUGUAAUCAAUAUUUGACAUCACUAGAUUCAUCACAGAGUUCACCAUGGACUUCCAUUCGAGAAUACUA